AUGUCUAAUAAUAGUACUGCUUCCACUACAUGUAAUGGAACUACAUCAAAUAAUUAUUUGAGUUUUUCAAUGUCAGCUUCAAUGUCGAUCGAUACACUUAGUCAGAAAUCAUUAAAAUGGCAAGUAGCAUUACAAGUAAUUUAUGUCAGUCUGUCUACAUUACAAUUUAUAACGGCUACUAUUUGCAAUUUACUAACAAUUGAAACUGUACUACAGAAAACAAUUCGUAUUACUUCAUUGGGUGUCUAUUUGAUCGUCUUUUCUUUCGCUAGUUUAAUUGGAAUGAUUAUGUUGUAUUUCAGAAUUAUUGUUACACUAUUUUUUAACGAAGAAUUAGAUAAAAAUAGUUUAAUUCAUUGUCGUAUAAUUACAACAAUUUUUAGUUCUACAUUGAUUUUAUGUUUAUGGACCGGUGCAUUUGUAUCAAUUGAACGAGUAUUAAUACAACUUUAUGGAUACAGUUUAUAUCGUUCACGUAAAUAUGCUAUUUUAAUUUCAGUGUUACUUAUUUUCUUAACUGCAGCAGCAAACAUAACAACAUUUAUCGGCUGGCAAACUGCAGUACAUCCAAUUGUACCUAGCAUGCGUCUCUGUAAAUUUCGUCAAUUUUCAGCUCAUUGGAAGUUAGUGGAUGAAAUAACUAAUAGUAUGUACAUUCACUAUGUUAUACCAUUGAUUUUACAUGUUCUAUCAACUGUCUGCGUUUUGAUUGAUAUUAUACGGCAUAAAAUUAUCCUAACUGAUGCAAAACGAUGUGAAUGGAGCAAGAUUAUGUGUCAACAGUUAAAGAAACAUAAAAGCUUUUUUAUUCCACCAAUAGUUAUUCUCGUAUGUACACUACCACAUGCCCUGUUAACUAAUCUGUCUGGCUCUAUUACACAGCAUCUCUGUUCAAAAUCAAAUAUGAAUGCCUAUCUUCGAUUACAUAUAGCAUUUUACUUUUUGUAUUAUUCAUUACAGACUAUAGGGUUUUUUACAUAUAUUUAUCCGUCGAAUGUAUAUAUGAAUCGAUUUCAUGAAACGUGGACAGCAAGAAAAAGUAAAGCCGCUAUAGCAGCUUUAUUAAGACAUCAUAAAUUCGAAUAUGAUUUGUGGUCAGUAAAAUAA